UUGAUGUCACGAACAAAAUCACAAUGGAAGUGCGAAGACGACUACCUCGCGAGAGAUCCUACAUACACGAGAAGCAAGAGAAUGUUCCGAUCCCGGAUGCUGCGACAGCCAAGACUGGACAUGGAUUGAUCAAUGGUCUACUGGCCCUGCUUGGAUAUCUGGUUCAGCUCCUGAAAUCGGUCGUGUAUGGGUCACAGCAGGACACGCGACAAGUAGAAGAUGGUGACGAGGACAAGAGCAAUGAAGAGAAGAUACUGCUGGGACAUAUGUGCCGUGGAGUGAUAGCGGUGCAUGAACGGCGGCGCAAGCGGAGCACAGCUCUAGUCCUGUCCAGCAGUCGCAAUGGAGAGACGCCUUCUGUGUUGAAGCAUGCCUCGGCCGCAUAUGCCUUCCUGGGCUCAGAGACACAUUCCAGGCUCCUCNNCGGUAGAUACCUCCUAUUCCUCUGUCUCUCCCACGGCCCACCCAUCGUCCUCGAACAUGCCCCCCUCGGCACCGUCUACGCCCUCCUCUCCACCAAAACACCCUACCCAUCCCUCUCGCACCCAUCAAUACCUCCCAAACACGCAACACUCGCUCUCCCACUCUCCUGGCUCCUGCAAACAUCCUCUGCCCUUCGUUUCCUACACGAUCAAAAAGUCACCCACGGCGCUGUCUCUCCAUCCUCCCUUUUACUUCGCUCCGACAUGACCAUCGCCCUUACAGACUUUACAAAAUCCACGAUUAAUGGUCAUAACAAUGGCGUGCCUACCCGAGAACCAAAGGAAUUUGCUUUCCCUGUAGAUGCUCUACGCUACGAUUACUUUGACGGAGAAUUGUCUGCAAAUUCUCAGGCUUUGGGAUUAGCUAUAGAUGCCUUUGACUUUGCAACUUUGGCUUAUAGGUUGUUGGUGAGGAAAGCGCCGGACUGGGACUUGCCGACAGGUAAUGGCACUUGGGCGUUGGAAGAAUUGCAUGAGGCAUUGGAUGAAGCGGCACCAGAACUCGGGGAUGAGAUUGUGGUGGGCUAUGUGGCGAGGGAUGCUUGGUGUUUGGUGUAUGAGGAGGGCAAAACUAUGCAGGAAGAUGUCGUGCAUGCAUUGUGGAGACAUGGGUUCCAAGUCAGAGGUGAUGAUGUUGUUGGUGUCAAGGAGGCUGCCAGAGAGUUUGCAGAGACAUAUCAGCCCUCUUGGAGGUUCGAGGGA